AUGGCUCCCAAUGACUCCUCCUCGCGUAUGCAUGGCUUGCAUGGCAAGAAGCUCAUCUAUUUCUUGUCCAUUUUUGUUUCGCUGGGUGUAUUUUUAUUUGGAUAUGAUCAGGGUGUUAUGUCGGGUAUCAUUACGGGUCCGUACUUCAAGGACUACUUCAACCAGCCCUCUCCCGCAGAAAUCGGAACCAUGGUGGCUAUUUUGGAGGUGGGAGCUUUUAUUUCAUCCCUCAGCGUGGGCCGCAUUGGAGACAUGAUUGGGAGAAGGAAGACAAUUCUGUACGGCGCAAUGGUAUUCGUGGUUGGAGGAGCCAUUCAGGCUUUCGCUACAGGCAUGCCUACGAUGAUGCUCGGGAGAAUCAUCGCCGGUUUUGGCGUGGGUGCGCUCAGCACCAUUGUGCCUGUAUACCAGAGUGAGAUCAGUCCGCCUCAUAACCGCGGCAAGCUCGCAUGCAUUGAGUUYUCGGGAAAUAUCUUCGGGUACAUGUGCAGUGUCUGGGUGGACUAUUUCUGCAGCUAUAUCGAAAGCGACUGGGCAUGGCGGUUCCCGCUGCUCAUGCAAGUCGUGAUGGGAAGUCUGCUGGCUGUGGGAAGCUUCCUCAUAGUGGAGUCGCCGAGAUGGCUAUURGACAACGAUCACGAUGAGGAAGGAAUUGUGGUGAUUGCCAACCUGUACGGGAAAGGCGAUAUUCACAACCCCAAGGCUCGGGAUGAGUAUCGCGAGAUCAAGAUGAACGUUCUCCUUCAGCGCCAGGAAGGAGAGCGCUCGUACAGGGACAUGUUCAAGCGUUACGGAAAGCGAGUGUUCAUCGCCAUGUCUGCUCAGGCAUUGGCGCAAUUGAACGGAAUCAACGUCAUCUCCUAUUACGCGCCGCUUGUUUUCGAACAAGCAGGCUGGGUAGGACGAGACGCCAUUCUUAUGACGGGAAUCAACGGACUUACUUACCUGGCUUCUACAAUCCCUCCCUGGUACCUGGUAGAUCGCCUUGGAAGACGCUUCAUUCUGCUAACAGGAGCCGUGGCCAUGAUCAUAUCGUUAUCCGCCAUUUCCUACUUUAUCUACAUCGAUAUCCGGCUCACACCUACAUUGGUCGUCAUUUUCGUGAUGAUCUACAACGCCGCUUUUGGAUACUCAUGGGGUCCGAUUCCAUGGCUAUACCCUCCAGAGAUUCUGCCGCUCAGCAUUCGUGCAAAGGGUGCCAGUCUGUCUACCGCAGCCAACUGGGCUUUCAACUGGCUGGUGGGAGAGAUGACUCCCAUCUUGCAGCAGGCAAUCAAGUGGCGGCUGUAUCUAAUGCACGCAUUCUUCUGCGCCGUCAGUUUUGUAGUUGUCUACUUCAUCUACCCCGAAACCGCAAACGUUCGUCUAGAAGACAUGAACUCCCUCUUCGGCGACGCAACCACCAUCGCUCCCACACCCGAAACCCUCGCAGAAGCCGAGUCUCUCUUCGGCGAUGCUCGAUCCCCGGUCCCCUCUUUCCGACUAGGAGAAGGCGGCGAGCCCGACGACAUGGACCUUCAACCUCCAGAAGUAGACGUCCAAGACGGCAAGCCCAUUCUCAACGAACGCGGCGAAGGCGUCGGAGGCUGGAUCAGCAAUGUCGUGAAGCGUGCCAAGGGUGAUGAUCCAGAUGGUAGUAGUGGGAACGGUGGUGGAAGUGGGAAGUAUAGUCGUGUUGGUCAGGAAGAUGAUCGAUGA